AUGCCCUCCUUUGCCUUCCUUUUCUCCCUUGUGAUUUACAUCUCUAUCAUCUACGUCUUUAGCCUUUCUCCAUCCACUCUUUUCAGUAAUUCCAAGUUCUGGCUUGUUAUUUCCAACACUCUCAUCCUCUUUAUUGCAGCUGAUUAUGGCGCUUUCGCUUCCUCCAAAGAUCACAACCUCGACCUUUAUGGUGAAUAUGCCUUGCACGGCACAGGAAGGACAUGUACUACUGUUGUUCCGUCAUUUGUCUCACAAUACACUAGAAUUGUCACAAAAAGCAGUCCCAAUGAAGAUGAAAAGAAGAAUGAAAUCCGAGUGAGAAACUCGGAUGAUAAUUUGCAACAAUAUCCCUUGAAAGCUGAUAAUGAAGCAACUAAACCAAAAACUAUCCCAAGAAACGAGUCUGAUAAAGUGAACAAUUUGCAGAGUUCAAAGACUAAAAACCAUAAAGCAGAAGAUGAAAACGAGUAUUGGAGAAUGUCAGAUGAGGAACUCAACAGGAGAGUUGAAGAGUUUAUUCACAACUUCAAUACGCAGAUUAGGCUUCAAGGUACCAUCGAGGAUCUAAUGGCGAGAAGUGGGCUGGCGUUGAUCCAUUCGUCGAUUACGGCGUGA